AUGGAGGAAGAAGAAGAGAAUACACCGGCGGCAACGGUGAAGUUGGGUUCAUACGGUGGUCCGGUCAUGUUGGUUGUUCCCGGGGAGGAAUCAGCUGCGGAAGAGACCAUGCUUCUUUGGGGUAUUCUUCAGCCUACUCUUUCCAAACCUAAUGCUUUUGUUGCUCAAUCUUCCUUGCAGCUCUGCCUCGAUUCCUGCGGUCACUCUCUCUCCAUUCUUCAAUCACCUUCGUCCUUGGGCACACCUGGAGUAACUGGAUCGGUGAUGUGGGACAGUGGAGUUAUGCUGGGCAAGUUUCUAGAACAUUCUGUUGACUCGGGAUUGCUUGUUCUUCAAGGCAAGAAGAUUGUUGAACUGGGAUCUGGUUGCGGAUUGGUUGGUUGCAUUGCAGCUCUUUUGGGUGGUGAAGUCGUUCUUACUGAUCUGCCUGAUAGACUGAGGCUACUCAGAAAGAACAUUGAAACCAAUAUGAAACAUAUCUCUCUGCGCGGUUCUAUAACAGCAACUGAACUCACAUGGGGAGAUGAUCCUGAUCCAAAACUCAUUGUCCCCACACCUGAUUACAUACUAGGAUCUGAUGUGGUGUACAGUGAAAGCGCUGUUGUGGAUCUGCUAGAGACACUUGCUCAGCUCUCUGGACCUAACACGACAGUAUUUCUGGCUGGGGAACUUAGAAAUGAUGCAAUUCUUGAGUACUUCUUAGAAGCUGCAAUGAAUGAUUUCACGAUUGGGCGUGUGGAUCAAACUCUAUGGCAUCCUGAUUAUCGCAGCAAUCGCGUUGUUCUAUAUGUUCUAGUCAAGAAAUGA